AUGGAUGAGGAGUCCCUGAAGCAGAAGGCAGUCACCCAGGAGCUCAUUGAUGCGGUGAACUCCGCAGAGGGCUCGACGUGGACGGCCGGAAAGAACGUCCGGUUCGCCGGUGCCUCUCUGAAGGACGUGAAGACCUUGAUGGGCACCCUGCAAGACUUGGACAACAGCAACGUCCUGCCGUACAAGGCUCCAGAGCUCCUAGAUCUUCCGGAUGAGUUUGAUUGGCGCACCGAUCCGCGAGCCCAGAAUUGCCCCAGUCUCAAGGAGGUGCGCGACCAGGCAGACUGUGGCUCCUGCUGGGCUUUCGGAUCAGUUGAAGCCAUGACAGAUCGCGUCUGCAUUGCCAGCAAGGGCCAGAAGAAGAUCCAUCUCUCUGCUGAGGAUGUGACCAGCUGCUGCUCCCUUGGAGACAUGGGCUGCAGCGGUGGCAUUCCAUCCACUGUCUACACCUACUACAAGACAGCUGGCAUUGUUGACGGUGGCAACUAUGGUGACAAGUCCAUGUGCUACUCCUACCAGCUUCAGCCUUGCGCGCACCACAGUACCUCUCCCCACUACAAGAACUGCACCGGGGACGAGCCUACACCUUCCUGUGCAAAGAAGUGCGUGGACAAUGGUGCCAGCUGGAGCAGCAGCAAGCACUAUGGCAGCGGCGGUUACAGCGUCUGCCAGCAGGGCAGUGGAACUAACUGUGCCCAAGCGAUGAUGCAGGAGAUCUACAAGAACGGACCCAUCACGGGUAUGUUCUUUGUGCAUCAGAGCUUCCUCUCUUACAAGUCCGGGGUAUACAAGGCUGGGUUCUUCUUUAAGGAUCCCAUGCUUGGUGGUCACGCCAUCAAGAUCCUGGGCUGGGGCACCGAGAAGGGCACGCCAUACUGGCUGGUGGCCAACAGUUGGAAUGCUGACUGGGGGGACCACGGUUUCUUCAAGAUUGAGCGGGGCACGGACCAGUGCCAGAUUGAGAAUCCAAUCAUCAACGGCGGCCCUGUGGCAGGCCAACCCAAGCUGCAAAGCACGGAGGAGUUGGUAGUGUAA